AUGUGCCUUCUUCCAGACUCUCCAUGGGAGGAGUUAGCUAUCUCAGCAGCUCAUGCACGAAGUGGAAGUCACGAUCUCCGCGCCUCGAGAUACGAGCUCCCCCCACACACACAUUUGCCGAUCAAGAGGGAAUCUCCUCCUGAAUGGCUAGAUGUUGCCGAGCACAAAGAUCCUCAAUUCCCUUCACGAUCUUUUGAUCUACGUCAGUCGUAUCAGUUCUCCAAACCCAGGUCUCCAUUCGCAAGUCAGCGAAGCCGAAAUCGCUCCCGUUCACCACCGAACGAUAACUGGCGUCUGCGCAUUCGAUCAAGUCCACUUUCGAGUCCUAGUACAGCAAGGAAGUACCGUUGUAGAAUCAAUCUUCCUGUCCGCUCACCCUCGCCACGCUUACCACAAGGAAAACCUGAAUCACACAAAAAUCUGGAUCAAGCCGAAAAUAUGUCUCAGGAAUAUCUUGCGAAGACAUUUGCGCAUCUGCGAAUAGAGCCAAAGAAAAAGCGAAAAAAGCCAGUUCGACCACUUCCAGCUCACUCACCCUCGGCACCAGAAAGCCAUCCACCAGACGAGCCUUUGGGCCAGAUCACAGAGAUCGCCCAGGAAACUCUUGAGAUCGCCCUUAUGCGUCUGCACAUUAGUUCGGCACCAUGUUAA